GGCCUGUCGCGCGUGCGCAGAGCGAGGCGGCGCCGUGACUCCCCGCGGCCUCCCGUCCCGCCUCCGCCGCCUGAGGAGAAGCAGCCGCAGCCGCAGCCGGAGAGCCGAGGGAGCGCGGCGUUGGCGGCAGCGAGGCCACGGGCGGGCGAGCGAGUGGUCGGGCGGGGAGCGCCUGCCCCCUCCCGGCGCCAUGGAGGCCAAGUCCUCGUCCAGCAGCGGCCGCCCCCGUGAAGGGCAUCCUCAAGAACCCCUCCGGAGGCAGCGGCGGCGGCGGCGCGGGCCUGGUGGCGGCGGCCCUGGCAGAGGCGUCCACCGCCAAGGCCAAGCCGCCCGCCGCCCAGCCCGCCGCCCAGGCCCCGCUCGAAGGCGCCUACGACGCCGACGCCCAAGGGUGCGAGCCGGGCCGGGCCGGGCCGGGGGGGGGGCGGGCGCGGGAGGCGGGGCGCGGCCGAGGGAAGGCUUCCCUUCGGGGCCCCCGAGGCCACUCCCCGUGGGCGGGGCGGGGAGCCUCCCGGUCAGAUCUCCUGGGUUGCUGCCGGGGGGGGGGGUCCUGUUUUGGGGGCUGCCCUUCGUCAAGGGGGGGGGGCGUGUGCGACCUCGUUUCAUGAUUGGAAGAGGCAGAUCAGGCGAUCAUCUAUUCUUAUUCCAGAUGGGCGGGGUGUAAAUAAGUUACUAGUAUUCUUAUCAUCCACCUUUUCUCCAAAGACCUCAAGGUGGUCUUUGCCCUUUCGCCCUCUUCAUCUUCUCCUUACAACAGCCCUGUCGGGUUGGGGGGUUAUAGAGCCCAAGACCCACCCAGUGAGCUUUGUACCUGAGCAGGGGCUUUAAGGUGGGGUUGGAUAGAUCAAAAGGGUGAGUUGCCCUGCUCUCUAGGGAGAGGGAAGAGGGUUUCUGAAAGAGAGAAGUGCUAAUGUUUCUCUCCGUUCUAAUUCCAUUUCUUUCCUUUCUCAUGUUCUUUUAGUAAGAAGUCCCAGAAGUGGGAUGAAAUGAACAUCCUAGCUACCUACCAUCCAGCGGGCAAAGACUACGGCUUAAUGAAGAUAGAUGAGCCAAGCACUCCCUACCAUAGGUAAGCCAGACAUGAUGAUUAAAAGAUAGGUUGCCCUUGUGUGCUUCGCCAGAUAAAGGCACUUUUGAUAGGCUAAACAGCAGCCUAGAGUGAAAAGAUUUCAUGGUGUGGCAGGCUUUAUGUGUUGCAGGGGUUGCUUUUGAUUAAUUAGUGCACAUAUGUGUGCAUGAUAGGCUUUUGGGAAGUGCAAGCUCCAAUUAUAAAUUAUUUGGAAAUAUAUCUUUCAAAAAAAUUAUAUAUCAAGGGAAAAGCCCUUCUACUCUGUUUAAAGAGACCAAUUACAGCAUUUAAUAGGUCUCUGAAUAUGACAUAGUUGGAUAUCACCUUGAUUUUUGUAGAUACCUUUGGUAUCUUCAGCACAGGAGUUGAUUUACACAAAAAUACUUGAAAGAAGGAGAGCUGGCAUUUAAAGGAAUCUCUUCUGGCACACAAGUAGCUUGGGGCUGCUUCUUCAAGUGAGGCUGUAGCAGCAAGUUCUCUUGACGUCCUCUCUGUGUCUUACCUUUGCAGCAUGGCAGGAGAUGACGAAGAUGCAGGCAGUGAUACAGAAUGCAACGAAGCCGUCACUGCAGAUGUGUUGGCAAAAAAGUAAGUGCUUCUGGGUGCUGGGAGGAUUGUUAGGUUUUAUGCUACAUUUAAAAUUUAUAUUUUUACCUGAACUUGCUUAUUUCUUUGGGUGUGUUAUGUUACUACUGUAACCUGUCCUGUGAUCUUGGGAAAUAGAGUGGGCUAAAAGUAUUAUGAAAUAAAAUAAAUAACCCAAUAAAUCUGUGUAGGUUAGCAGCUGCAGCGCAUGGCAAGGGGCCGAAGAUCCUCGCUCAGCAGGAAGAGAGCAGCGACGAAGAGGAUGAGUCGGAGUUAUCGCCUGAAGAACGUGGUAGGUCUUGCUUUGCCAGUUAGAGCCAAAUGGUGCCUUUGGAAUAGCUGAAAGGUGUGAAGGGCUAGAUAGUUUUUAUUUUUCAUAUUUGCACAGAUGUUUUGGUUUGGUUCUUAUCCCUAUCUAUAGAUGGAAAGCUGAGGCAGAGGAUGGUAAUUUGCCUGUGACCAUCAGGUGGGGCUGGGAAGUGGGAUUGAAGCCCAAGGAACAGACUCUUGAUUUUGGACCCCAAUAAUAUAAUAGUUAUAACCUGUGAAAGAAAGAUACUUGGAUUUGAAGGCACUCCUGGGGGUUGGAUUCCGUUGAAACCAGUGUUGUUAAUUGACUUAAGCCCUUUGCAAUGAGGGGCUCCUCUUUGAGUAUGACUUAGCUGGAAUAGAGCCCUUAAGUGUCAGGUAAUGGCUGGGACCUUCUAACAAGUGGAGUUGGGUUGGGUUAACAGGUAAAAGUUCAUCCUUCUUAGAUCUCUACCUCCCCAUGGCAUGAUAAAGGUGCUUGGUGACAGUUAUGAUUUUGGAUAUUUUCCUUUCCUCUGAACUUUCCAGCUAAAUUUCAGGCUCUUGGUGAGACACUGAGCUUUUUCCAAGUCAGCAGUUCUUUUGACUACAUAACAUCAUAGAGGAGGGAGAGAGCUGUGGUGGUGAAUAAACUGCCUUUUCCUUUAAGGCUAACUGCAGGGACCAGGGAACAAGUUGGAAAGAAUGGUCGCUCUUUGACGGAUCAGUUUGGGGAUCAUGUUCUUGCCUCUUUUUGCAAUUAGACGCUGCAGUUCUCUGUGUUCAUACCACGGCUUUCUGAAAACUGCCCGUGAGAAUAGCUGGCAUUUGUGCUGGGUAUCUCUUUUUUUUGUACCCUUUUUUUCUUUUUUCUUUAUGAUCUCUUCUGAUAAUCUCCUUAAGCAGAUAAACACCAAUUAUAAUCCUGUGUGAAUUUUUCCGUUCGUCCAAUCCUCAUAUCAAGAUGGUUUCCAUAUAUCAUCGCUUUCAUAAAUAACAUCGCUCUUUCCAUCAUUAAUCUUGCAGAUCUGUCGCUCUUAAGUCCCUCUGAGGAGUCUCACCCACAAUAUAAAAACAGCUCUGUUCCUCCUCCCAGACUUAAGUCCUCCGACAGAACCUGCCAACAUGGCGACGGUAUUUUUAACUGCGUCAUUCCAAAGCUCUUAUACUUUCACGAUCUUCUUGAAACAUGCUUUGGUUAGAAAAUUAUCUCCACACAGACAUAAAUCCACAGCUUAAGUCAUUAAAACGACAUUUCUGACUUGUGGGGGGGGGAUUCUUAGUUAAUCACAUAGAGGAAAGAAAGAAAAUUUUUUCCCCCUCCCCCAUCCAGUCCCUUUGCCAUACCGAGCCUUGGUGAUCUUCUCAUGAUUUAUUCUUGUUCCUCCGACCCGUCCUGUUUAUCAGAGAUCUCUUCAGUUAGCAGUCUUUACUCCCCCUCCAUCCUUGAAAUAUGUGCAUUCGCUUCCUCCUAAUUGUUUCUUUUGAAGUUAUUGCAGCUAGAGACAGCGUCCAGGAGUGCCGAGAUCCACAGGAGGGUAGUGCCUAGUGCCCCCAUCCCCACAAAUUUGGGGGUGGUGUAGGGCACAGCAGGCAAGGGCAGCCCCCCCAACCUUGGGGGGGGUAGGGAGGCUAUUUACUCCCAUCACAGCCUCCGAAUUGCCUCGUGUGGGUCGGAGAGAUGUUAUUGUCAGCCAUCUUCCGAUGCGCCCCUAGUGGCCCCUCGAUGUUCUGGAAGUUCUAGACUGACCAAAAACAAGUUGUGUUUGUGCUGCCUCCCUACCCACCCCUAGCCUUUGGGAUGAGGUCGGCUGUAACGCCCCUUAGGAAAUGCACCCUAGGGAAUGUGGUAAGUAAUUCCAGUUGAACACAUUUAUGUACAUUGUCUCCUGGCCAAAUGCAAUGCCUCUGCAGGAUUUUUUAAAAACCUUCCUGUUGAAAUUUCGAUUUAUUUUUGUUUGGGUGGACCCCAGUUCUUGCAGUUCAGGGUCUUCAUGGCAGCAGGCAGUGGCGGCAAGGUCUGCUGCAGCUUUAGCAGAGUGUGUAAGAUGUGAAGUUGCAGGAGGUAUCGCAAUCGAAAAACAAUGGCUGAUGAGUUGGUCUACUGAAUCUGUUUGUUCUCUGUGCAGAGAAGAAGAGGCAGUUUGAGAUGAAAAGGAAGAUCCACUACAAUGAAGGCAAGAACAUCAAGCUGGCCAGGCAGCUGAUUGCGAAGGAGCUGCAUGGUGACGCAGCCAAUGAAGAGGAUGACGAUGAUGAAUGUGAUGAUGAGGAUGAAGACGAUGAAUGUGAUGAAGAGAUGCGGGACACAGUAGACCUUGGUGAGCCAGUUACUCCCAAAGUGCCUACAGUUGGUGCCGGCCAGAGAGCACUUCCCCAUUAGUGCCGGCUCUAUGAGCCACAGAGUGGAGGGCGUUUUGCAGGGCUGAGAAUAGGUUUCAGAUUCUUAGGUGCCAGGAUGAAAUCCCCAGGCAGGCUCCUAGGCAGCUGCUCUAGGGGUUUGGCAUCCUUGGCCAUCUCCAGCCAAGUGUUUGCUUUGCAUCGCCUGACAACUCUGGUAUUGUCUUCAAAAUGACAUACAGUAUCAGCUUGAAGUCUAUAUUGUGCUGUCGGUUUCAUGAUUUUUGACCUGGCAAUAUGUGUUUGGUGAUACAUUCAUCAGGUAAACAUCCUCAUAUACCAACAGAUCACAAUGUCUGAAAUAAGGAUGUAAUUAUGUAGAGGUGAACAGGGUAAUGUCCUGGAAAGUGCUGCUUCUUAGGGGUCUAAAACACAACUGAUAGAACAGAACAACAGGGACAGAAGAAAUCGUGAGAGAAGGGAUGACUGGCUUCACAUUUUUUACAUGUUGCAAUUUUUUUCAUAGUGCGCACACACAUUGUGAUUCGCUAUAUAUUGCCAUGCUAAAUAUUAUGAAACUGUUGACAUAAUGUGGACUUCAAACUGAUUUUUGAUGAUGUUUCACUACAUUGCCUAUCCCUAGUCUGUGUGUGAGUAUGUUUGGCGCACUAUACAAAAAUCACAAUGUGGGAAAAACCAUGAAGCCAGCCCACACUUCCUUGGAAGUUUUCAAGCAGAAGUUGGAUGGCCGUCUGUCAUAGAUGCCUUAGCCAAGCUUCCUGCAUUGCAGGGUGUUGAAUUAAAUGACCCUUGCGGUUUCUCCCAAUUCUGUGAUUCUUGCAAUUCCUGCAGCCCCUGUUAAACUCUGCCAGCUCAGCUCUCCCCUGCCAGGGGGCAGCAGAUCACAAGAGCAGGUGCUGGCAAAAAUCACAAUGUGGGAAAACCCAUGAAGCCAGCCAAUGGCUCUACAUAGCUCCAUCCUUAUUUCAGACAUCAGUAUAUUGCAGUGUUUAACUGGUGAUAUAUCACGAUGUCAAAAACCAGAUAUUGCCCAGCCUUAACAGCCAGCUCUGUUUCCAUUGGAGGGACUUGUUCCUAUUUGCCUGCAGGGGCCCUUCUCCUUGAGGUGGAAAUAGGAACUGUGGCGAGACAAAAAUGGGCAGUGUGUUGCCAUUCUUGUUUUUCCACUCCUUUUCUAGGUGACUGGAAGGCAAGCCCUUCUAGGAUUUGUGCAGCUGGGUGGAGCCCAAGCAGCCAGCACUGCCAUGUCAGCAGACAGACUCAGUGUGUGUCUGCGUGAGAGAGAGAAUUGGGCAGCAGCUGAGCUGGCCUGGAGGUUUGCGUUUGCACUCCUCAGACAGCCUUCCGCAUGCAGAAUGGCUUGUUCAGCUGCUGCUGAGCUGGUUUGGCCUUCCCUCUUUGCAUGCCUCAUUUACCCAUCCUCCUUUAUCCUCACAUGAAUAAAUUGAAUGCUUCUCUCGGAGAUUUCAGAGGCUGCUUAGUGGCACUGAUUUAUUUAUUUUUAGUUGGCAUCUGCUGUUGCUGGCCAAGUGACUUCAUUCACAAAGACACUUUGGAAGUAGCAGUGUUAGUGAUGCCUGAACAGUUGGGUUUUGAGAUUCUCCUCCCAGAUGCAACCCAGAUAUUCUUCUAUCCCAUGAUACACGUAUGAACUUCAGUUUCCAAGUUCUUCAGUUCUAAGUUUCUCCUUUAGCAGAAAUACACUUUUGACAUCUGGGCUGGAAAAGGCAGUGAUAACAAAGGGAGAUUUGAAAGGAAUAAGCCAGGCAUAGGCAAACUUGGCCCUCCAGAUAUUUUGGGACUACAGUUCCCAUCAUCCCUGACCGCUGGUCCUGUUAGCUAGGGAUCAUGGGAGUUGUAGUCCCAAAACAUCUGGAGGGCUAAGUUUGCCUAUGCCUAUGCCUGGAAUAAGCACACAGAACAGCACUGUGGCAGAGACAGGCGAUAGAGGAGAAUCUGUGAGUUCUAGGAGAGAGUAGUGAGCCCAGGUGUGCUGUGGAAUGGUUGAGGGAGCCCAGGGAAGAGAAGACACAGGUGAUACGAUAGCUGUUUUCUACUGUGAAGACAUCCAAAAGGACCUCUCCAAACAGGCAAAAUGGCAAAUGCUGUUUGAUAUGAGGUUCAUUCCACGCCAAAUCACCUGGUGCCAUGUGCUCUCACGACUUAGAUUUUCUUCAUUUUUUUAAUGUGUAGUUACCUAUGAGAUAAUCUCAAAUAAUUUUUAAAGGUUUUUUGGUCCAAAAUUGGGCGCAGAUGAUUUUUUUUUGAAAAUUUCGAUUUUUGUGCAAUUUAGGCUAAUGUAAUUUCUGCCUCAUUUUAAGAAAAGCCUCCUGUUUCGCUCAUUUUUCAACCAAUUGGGCUUAUUUUGGUAUCAAAAUAAAGGUACUUGUGGUCUCUUUCAAAAUAAGGUAUAAAAAUGGUAUUAAAUGCCACAGAAAAGGGUCACCGACCAUUCAAAGUGAAUUCUUGUCAGUUUAUUUCUGGUGGAUUUGAUAAGCCAUAGCAUGCAAACCACAACUAACAUGUGUUUCAUACUUUUAUUGUAGAAUGGGCUAACCAUGUACUUUUAUGUUUUGAAAAUGAGGGUGUUUUUUGUGGUUAUAAAAUAAAUUGAUUUUGAAGUAAAUUUUUUACACUUUUUACACUUUUUUUGUACAGGUUUAAGGUCUCUUUGAGCCUGAAAUAACUCACACAUUUGUGAGAAUAGUUAAAAUUGUACCCUCUUAUGUUACAAUGUCAUCUGAUAUAUUUUAAAAAUUAAGUUUUAUUGAUUACUUAAUAAAAACAAAAUACGUCUCAGAGCCUUGUUCAUUUUUUUGUGUAAAACACUUCUGCAAUGAUAUGGUCAAAUCUAUUUUGUUUCUCGUACAUGUAAUAUGGUAAUGAAGGGGUGUGUGUGUGUGUGUGUGUGUGUGCAUGUAUAUGUAACGAUAGAUAGAUUGGAUUUUACAAUUUAAUAUUCAACCAAAUAACACAAUACAACAUUUGUCAUAUAAACAAAAAAGAAAAAAAACCCACCCCAUGACUUCCCUGGUUCUUUAAAUAUUUAUUACUUCUGCUUAAUUUUUGUCUUAUUUUUAUGAUCUUAUACCUCAACGUACUUAACAUUUUUAUACCAAAUUUUAUUUCGUAAUUACAAUUGCACUACAUUUGAAAAAACGUACUUUCUUUUUCUUUACAGUUCCAGCAUUUAUUGGAACUAGUUCUAUACAUUUUUGCAAGCUUAACUGGAGUUAAAUACCAUCGGUACAUCAUUUUCAUAUAAUUCUCUUUCAGAGUUGUACAAGCAGUAAAUUUUAAAUCAACUUUCCAUAAUUUUUCCCAAUCUUUCAUUUGCAUAUUGUGUCCUAAAUCUUGUGCCCAUUUAAUCAUUACACAUUUAACUUUUUCAUCUUUGGUUUUUUAUUCUAACAGUAAAUUAUAUAUUUUCUUCAGUAUUUUAGUGUUAUCCUCUACAAUUUCUCUUUAAAAUCUAGAUAGAGUAUAGCUAAAUCAUUUCUUUUUAUCUUAUCUAAAAACCUCGUUUACUUGAAAAUAUUGCAACCAAUCAUUAACAUGAUCUCGAAUCUCUUCAAAAUCUUUCAAUUUUAAUUUCCCUUCUAUUUCUAUUGAAAGAUCUCUAUAUGUAAGCCAUUUUUCUCUCCUUUUUAAAAAAUUGAUGUUGCUUCCGUUGGUGACAACUACCACAGAGUCUUUUGUUCUAAUAAAUCUUUAUAUCUUUCCCAUACUUUUAAAAGUGAUCUCCUGAUUACGUGAUUAUAGAAUAUGCACUUUUCCUUUAUAAUUCCACAGGUACGCAUGCAUCCAAAUCUGUUGUCAUGUCCUUCAAGAUCUAACAAAUCUGUGUUUUCCAAUUUAAAACCUACUGGCUGUUGCUGGGGAAGGAGGGGGAGAGGCUCAGAGUGAGCAUUGUCACAAUGGUGUUUAGAUGGAGCUGCUUGCCGGGCUCCGUAUUUGCUGAAUUAAAACCACAAAAUAAGAAUUUCUUCCUUUUACUUUGAUCCUUGAAGCUGCCGGGGGAGAAGAGAAUCCCUCAAGUCUGAUACUUAUUGCCUAAAUCCUUUGGUUUCAUUCACAAGAAACUUGAUGGAUGUUUUUAAAGUACAAAAAUAAAUACAUUUUUUCUUGCUGAUUCAGAAAGGUCAUAUUGCAUACAGUGGUUAAAACAGCAUCAUUGACCAUACUACAUUUAUGGGAAGCAAAAUAGCUUUGACCAUAUCAUUUCAGAAGUGUUUUACACAGUAAAAUGAACAAGGGCUCCGAGACGUAGUUUGUUUUUAUUAGAUCCUGCGGGAAAAGCAAAAUCAAUUGAACUCACUAAUAACAUCUAUGGAAGUUCAAACCGCAGUUAAACAGGGAAAGAUCGGGAAGGCACCUGGACCAGAUGGAUUUACAGUAAAGAAUUAUAAAAUAUUAGGUGAACAACUGAUAUCCCUGUUAAGAGAAGUUAUGAACAAUAUAUUGACAAAAGGACUGAUCCCAAAGACAUGGAAAGAAGCCUAUAUUACUUUGAUUCCAAAACAAGGCACAGAUUUAUUGAGUGUGAAGAAUUAUGGACCAAUUUUGUUAUUAAAUAAUGAUUCACUUUGAAUGGUCUCCUACGCCCAAUUUUGGACCAAAAAAUCUUUUAAAAAAUAAUUUGAGGUUAUCUCAUAGGUAUCUACACAUAAAACUUUUUUUGAAGAAAAUCUGAGUCAUGAGAGCAUGGUCGAGUAUUAAAAUCAGGUGAUUUGGCGUGGAAUGAGUAAGUGUAAAAUGAUGUACACAGGGGCGAGAAAUCUAAAGUGAGCCUGGGAUCGGCAGCAGAUGACCAAGAAGGAGAUCUUGGGUUCCAGUGGAGACCUUGAUGAAAAUGUUGAGAAAGGCUAGGGCAGGAAUAAGCAAAUUCCAGCCCUUCAAAUGUUUGGGACUACAAUUCCCAUCAUCCCUGACCAGUGGUUCUGUUAGCUAGGGAUGAUGGGAAUUGUGGUCCCAAACAUCUAGAGGGCCGGAGUUGGCCUAUGCCUGGGCUAGGGAUUGUUAGGAAAGGGAUUAAGAAUAAAACUGCCAAAAUUGUUACGUCGUUGCACAAAUUUGUGGUGCAGUUUGGAAUGUCGCCUCAAAAAGAGUAUUGUAGAGCUGGAAGAAGUUCAGAAAAGUACAAGGGGGUGAAACAACGAACCAGUCAGGAAAGGUGACAAUAUUUUUAGUUCAGAGGAAAGACAAGCAACAGGAAACAUGAUAGAGGUAUAAAAUUGGGACUAAAGAACAUCUUUCACACAGCGCAGAGUCAAGUUAUGGCAUUCCCUCCCACAGGAGACAGAGAUGGGCGCCAACAUGGGUGGCAUUAAAAGAGGAUUAGAGAAAAGCUUGGCAGAUCAGGCUCCCCCGGUGACCGACCACUGUGGCUGUGUCUCUGCCGACUCUGCCAGAGGCAGCAGGCCUCUCCGAACCAGCGGCUGGUGUUCUCUGUCCUGCUUGCGGGCAUCCCUUAGGGGCAACUGGUUGGCCCCUUUGAGAACAGAGUUCUGCCCUAGACAGGCCAUGGACUGGUUCCUGCAGGGGGUUCUGCCACCACUUCAACCUCUGGAAGCAAAUUGCAUAGCUCCCCCCCCCCCAUAAUUUUAUCUUUUUGCAAGUGCACUGAAGCAGUGCCUGCCCGUCUGAAACACGUUAUGUGCCUAUUUCUUGACUGAGGUGAGUUUUUUGUUUUUUUUUACUGUUGUCUUCUUUCUGACAGAUUGGGACUGUUGAAUAAUAUGUUAGCCAUGACAUUCAGAGUAGUAGGAAUAAAGCAGACGAGAAUCAAAUCAAGGCCUAAUGAAUCUUCCCACCAGAACCCCGACGACGACGUGCUGGUUAGCUGCUGGCCGUAAUUCUGCGGAUGACCUUUCUUGUGAAGCUGUGCAGUUCACAGAGCAAAGGAAGCUGAAACAUGUGCAUUUCUGAACUUCCUGUGAGCCUGAGUCACUUAGAAAUCCCUGUAGGAUACUUCAUCUCUCUUUUCAGCACAGUAUUUGGACAAGAGCAGGCCUUGAAUCUUGAUUCAGUUGAGGAGGGGUUGCAGUCCUUUCAGCUGGGUCGGGGGGGGGGGUCCUUCUGUGUUUGUCUCCUUCGUGCUGGCAUGCUGGAAUAGGUGGCUAAGUGCAGGAGGUUCUGGUUGCCCAGGCUCCUGGUCUUCUCCCCCAGCAAGGCCCUGGGGUGCUUGUGAAUUGGGCUCCGCUCCUUCUGCUAAGCUCCCUGUGGCUUCCACUUGGUCUCUUACAACCUCCAGUUGCAUGACCAGGGCUCCGUCUCUGCCCUUCCCACAACUGCAGAGCCCAAUGAAGGGCUUCCCUCUAACAUGCAGGCCUGUAGACUCUCUGGCAGCUGUUCAUCUUUUCUCCAAGCAGAGGGGCAAGCCUGGGUUGAGUUGCCUGCUCUCAGUUGCGCACUUGCUGCCUUUGAAUGGAGGGCUGGGUGUGGGGCUGAAGCCACUGCCGGGUUUAAGCCACUAACUGUGAACCGUGACUUUUUAAAAGACUCUUUCCUCUGAAAUGGGGUCUGAGUUGGAGGCCUGCAGGUUUUUAUUAUUAAGAAUUGGAUUUCCUACCUCUCUCUGAGGCCCCAGUGAUAGGAAAAAGGUUCAUUUUCUCCCCUCUUUCCCCCAAGUCCUGUAGGAAUGGUGUGGGGAGUGUUUGGGGAGUAUCGGGCUAAGCUGGUAAGUGUAGUGUGGAGCUCCCUGCUCAGUUGUCUAAAGAGCUGUAUGCGUCCCUCAACUUAAAGACACCUGCUGUGUGGCUAAGAUGUCGGGAAGGAGGCCAGGAGAGACACUUGGGGUAGCAAAUCCUCAUCAGUCGGCUACAACAACAUUGGGACUGGGCAGGGAGGAGAAGGCACACAUGAUGUCCCAGAUCCCAGUGUCUUUCUCUUCAUCUUCAGAGAUCUUUGCUGAGGUUAAACAAAAAUGGCAUUGCUUUGACACAACUGGUUGAUCUGUGAGUGGCUGAUCUCUCCCCUGCCCAGUCACCUGGUGCACUGCUGUUAGUCGAAGAUGUUGCUCCCUUCCCUUUUGUCUCUUCAGCCGCCUGCUUGACAGCUGUGGGUUAUUUGUGUGUGUGUGUGUGUGUGUGUGUGUGUCUGUCUGUCUGUCUGUGUGUAUUUAUAUAUAUAUGUAUAGUUCUGCCUCUCCGUGUGCCUUCCUGCUUAGUCUUCUCUAGGGUAGAUGUACCUCCUUCGCCAGCCUGUUCAAAAAUGGUGCUAGACUUGGGGCUGGUCCAGUUCUUGCUGGGAUUAUGUGUGGCAGAUGCAGAAUCCUGACCAAGAGGUGUGGAUGCCUUGGUCUCUUGCGCUUGGUUGCCCAAGUUGGAUUUAUUUCCCAGGUGGCUUCAGGCUUGUAAAGAGAAGGUCACCUGGUAUCCUUCCAGGCCUGCAGUCUGGGAGGGCAGCUUUUGUGACCUGGAAGGUGGUUGAAGCAUGUGGGUGGUCUAAAAGGCCCGCGUGGCGGACAUUGGGGGUGGGACCCUUGCAGAGCUGCCCAUAAAGCUGGUUGAGGGGUGUCUAUGCAGGCCAAGCAAUUGCUGGGCCUCAUUUCAGAAACAGUCACUGGAGGCUGAGGGACUCUUGGCUUCUGCAGCUAGUGGAGAUGAUCCAUGUGUUUGGGUGUUGUGCACACGCUUGGAUGGACUCAGGUUGACCAUUUGGAGUUUCACCCUGUUCAGAUGAAGAAGAAAGAUGCUGCAUGCAGGCAUCUGACCGUCUGGGCUCUGCUCCUGUGAGGGUGAACGCUUGCCCCACAGACGCACAGUCUUUUGUGACGUAAACUGCAGCUGGUGAGAAAUGCCCUGUUUCUUUUUUUCUCUUUCCUACAGCACCUGAUCCUAGUGACCCACUUGAGAAAAUUGCACACAGCCUAGAAGAAGUCUGCUCAGGACUGUAGCUGAUCCUGAAGCCACACCUUUGUAUUCACUGCAUUGCACACCUGCAGUUGUGACUCAAGUAACUGAGGAGCAGGUCGGCUCCCACUUAGUGUUGCCAAGUGUGGUGGGAGCCGGCGAGACUUUUCUCUUAGGCAGACGGAAAACUCUGCUGAGCUGGCUGAUUCUUGUGCCUGGCAGCCACAGAGAAGACGGCUUCAUGCAUAAACAGCAGGAUCACAUGACGUACAAUGCAGGUGACUUUGGCACAUCCGUGUUGCUCCUCUUUAUGGUUUUGAAACAACCAGUCACUUUGCUUUCUCCUAUUCUAUUUGGCAGGACCUUCUAGGACUUAAAGUGGCCACAUGCCUGGUAGAAGGGCUUUGGCAUUGAUGUGCCAAACUUUACGACUAGAAUAGAUGAACCCUUACACUGAACCGCUUGACAAUUGACAAGGUAUUUUGAAGAAAAAAAAGGGAUUGAUUGAUUAAUAGGCUUCUUUUUGUAGAAUAUUUCUUCUUUGUUAAUCUUGCUAGUCUGUAUCUUGUUGCUGGAGGGGGGAGAAAGAGGCAGAGAGGGAGGCGGCAUUAAUGCAGCCAUGAGCAAAAUGAAGGAGAAACGGGGCUGUGCAUUCCCUCCAUGCUUCCCAGAGCUUCCCUGCUGUUAUGUGGGGGCUGUUCUGAGCCCGGAAAUGGUGCUCCAGCCCGGCCGGGCUGUGCAGCACUCUCUGCUUCUGCUUGUGGGCUUGGCUGUGGAGUGUUGUCUUGUGGGCUCUUUCACCCUGAAUCUCCAUUGAGCUGCGUGCCACCUUGUCAGCUGAGGCAGCCCAGGGGCUUGCCACACUUUCCCAAAGUUGGAGGGAAGUCAGCUUUGCAAAUCUGCGCUGGAAGCCUCACUGGCACUUGCCUCCCACCCUCUUCCUGUCCAGAGCGAUAGGGUGGCCUGGUGAACUCUGCUGCCACGCAGCCCUAGUGAGGAGCCAGAGCAGCCCCCUGUAAGUGGUUGUGGAUGGAAGACCAGCCUUCGUGCUGGAGGCCCCAAGCGGUGGGGUCCUGGCAGGUGAGAAAGAGUCAGGGGUCUGGCUUGUUCCCUCUCUCCAGACCUGAGUAGAGAGACAAUCCUGCUUUGGCUUUUCAUUUUCUAAUUUUGAUCUAAAUUCAAUGUGCUGACCCAACUCCAUAUGACUCUAUGGAUCUGUUUUAAGGUGGCUUGUUUACUGCGUGACAUCUGAACAAACACAUUGAAAGUUAUAGUAUUGCAUUCCAGGGCCGUCUUAAAACGUUAGGCUCUUUGUACCCUUACAAGAAAGACGUGUGUGUAGUCAUUUAAUAUAGAUAAAAUGGGGAGGGGGCCGUUGAAACAAGCUUAACCUUUCCACAAAAGUCCAGGCUGUGUGGAAUUGCAUGUAAGCCUUACCACAUCAGAGCCACUGUAUGGCUUCCCGUUUGCAGUUUUAUUUUGAUAUUUUAAGUAAAAGUGUAGUUUCCUUUGACUGCAUUUUCCCAUGAGAAGAACUUGUAGUGAAUGUUCUGUUCAGAUGCCGGUUGCACUCCAGCUCCCAGCCCCACCCCUGCCGGCCCUAUUCUGACAACAUCAUGGUGAAGUGACAUUGACCUGUAUCCCACUUGGUCCCAUCUCCAGGGCAGCCACCCCCAGUCCCCUAGUUGGCUGGCUGAGAUGGUGAGUCCUCUGGGCAGGGAUGUUGUCUGUUCUGUACAGCACUGACACUAAAUAAACAAGUCUAAUACCACUGGCUUGCUUCCUCAAGCCAUCCUGAUUGCUUGCGAAGCUCCCCCUUGGCCCUGGGGGAGUUUAGCCUGUGCUCUGCUGGCCCACCAUCUGUGGAAACCUCCUUUGGACUUCAGGCUCCUCUGCAAAGAGGGUGGGGAGAAAUGCCUGCAUUUGGGAUCAGCACCUCUUGGUUGGCCUGGGAGAGGAGGAGUUGGCUGCAUGAUGCUGAGGCCAGAGUUGCCUGCCCGGAACAGCCUCUCUGAGCCUUUGGGGCCCUUCGUCUGGCAUGUAUUGAUGGCCCUUUUCCUGCCAAGCUGCAGCAUUUUAAAAUACCAAAUCAAGGUAUAUAAGCGUUAUGAAGAGCAGAGGGGUCUCUGGGAGCUGGUGGCCUCUGACUUCCUCCCUGGGAAUGUGCAGGAGGGAUCCUCCCAAGUGAGCUCUGCAUGAGUGCCGGUUCUUCACCAGGACAUGGCAGGUGCAGGUGUCCGGUGAAGAACCUCCUCUACUCGGGUGGGGGAGGGAGAGAAGCUGCUUUCCAGGCCCCACCCCCAGCGGCGGAAUCUCUUGUGAACAGCCUCCUUUCUUUCCUUAGCAUGCAGUCUUAUAAUCUGCCCAGACUAUGAUCCAAGUAUAAUUGAUUAAGGUUAAGGCAUUGACUCUAUAUGAAUUUCUGAAGAUUUGGUAUCUCCCCCCCCCCCCUUCAGCCAAGUUCAAAACAUACAGUGUAACACUUCUAGGCAACUGAAACCAGAAUGAUUACAUUUUAUGAACCUCCGUCCAUUGUCUGCCCAGCGGGAGGGUUCUCAAUCUAAAGGCUGCGCUGCCUUCCCUGCCUUCCCUGCCUAAGCAUUGCAGUGAUUCCCUGCCGAUUGCACACUCCACUGUUUUGCAAACAAUUUUGAUUGGUCAGUCGUUACCCAUUCUUUGAAAAUGCAGAGUUCAUUCAUCAAAGAAUGGUAUUUCAUUGAAGCAUGUGUUUAAUACAGUCGUACCUUGUAUCCCGAACACCGCAAACCUGGAAGUGAGUGUUCUAGUUUGCAAACGUUUUUUGGAACCUGAACGUCCAACGGGGCUUCCAUGGCUUCCGAUUGGCUGCAGGAACUUCCUGCAGCCAAUCAGAAGCCGUGCUUUGGUUUCAGAACGGACUUCCAGAACGGAUUCCAUUCGACUUCCAAGGUACAACCAUAGUUGAUUUCUCAAAAGAGGGAGGAUUGGGGUUUUAGGGCUAUGUCGUGUUUGUGCUUACGGUGUAGGGGAACGGUCAGGCUCAUUCUCCUGACUUUAGCUCAAGGCCAUGGUGGGGACUUGGUCCUACUUCUGGGGUGUCACAGUCCUCCCCCUCCAGCUUUAAUAAUAGGUAUUGGAAAACACCUGAUGGGUGCUCUGAUCUACCCUGCACAGCACGUCUGCAGCUGGCUGGCUUUUCUUUUUGGCUCGUUUUGUAGCAUAGCAAAAGCAAGCUCCAUCAACAAGCCUGCUUCUCCCUCCCCUGGCCUUGCAGGCUUUUCUUGGGAGAGGUGUGUGCUCACCCUGAGGGGAAAAGCAAGCUGACAAGCACUAGGAGAGCAGCCACACAACUCCCAGCUUCCUCUGCCAAGCCAGGUACACAUCAGUUGUUGACUGCCCUUCCUGUGUUGAACCCACAAAGUCGAAAAGAGAACUCUCAGGGCAGCCUCUGGAGGGGCUGCUUCCUCCCUCCUUUUCUCUGCUGGAGGGACACGGCAAACGAAGGCGCAAAGAGUUGCCAGCAGUAUGUUCACCUGUGGGAUACCUUCACCAGGCUCUUCCUGCUUCAUUUGCUCACUGUCACUGCCGUCACCAGGAUGCAACUGCAGGAGCUCUAUGCAAUGUCAGAGUGUGUUUUGGGUUGUUUGGUAUUUAGAAUAAAGUUCUUAAUUU